AUAGAACUGAAUUGCUUGAUUUGACAUGGGCCUGACCUGGAGAACUGGAAGCUAGGAAGCGGUCACCAUCUGGGAACUGGAGAACGAUGAAUAGCGCGGGAAGAUAGGAGGCCAAAAAGGGAGAAUGGCUUUGGAUUCCCUUUUCUGUCUUUUUUCCAUCCCCCAUUCCUCCCCCACGGAAGGGAGAAGUAAAAACUAAGGAAUGCACAGAGGUUGGUUGGGGGCGGGAAGGGAAGUGGAGGCAGAAAUUCGGUCAUUUAAGGAGGAGGCGCUGGGGAGAAAAAGGAAUGAGGCCUUCUAUUCACACAUCCCAGACCAAGGAAAUUUAUCUGCACCCCCUCGGUUCAUCCAGUUUCCCGGGGGAGGCGGAGCCCUCUUUUUCACGCCUAGACUUGCGGGAACUCAGGGUAGGGAGGGGCAGCAGGAUAGGCUCAGGGAUGAGCUCCACCCGAACUUCCCCAGCUCCCACCUGUCCCAGCCGCAGCCCCAGCGAACCUGACAGGCUUAGUACCUGACUGGCCGCCCUGGGUCACCACCUUUCGCUUUUUGCUGGGGUCACCUAGUUUGGCCCCCCAGCAUUGCUCUCUCGGCCCGGAUGAAGCUGUUCUGCCUCCAGCCCCCGGGCAAUGAGACUCUUCUGAGCUCCCCGGCCUCGAGGGCCACGGGCACUGUGUUCUUGCUGCUGGCUGCCGUGCUAGGGCUGCCCGGCAAUGGCUUCGUGGUGUGGAGCCUCGCGGGCUGGAGGCCGGCGCGGGGAAGGCCCCUGGCGGCCACCCUGGUGCUGCAUCUGGCCCUGGCCGACGGCGCGGUCCUGUUGCUCACCCCACUCUUCGUGGCUUUUCUGGUUGGCCAGGCGUGGCCCCUGGGCCCCACGGGCUGCAAAGCGGUGUACUACGUGUGCGCGGUCAGCAUGUACGCCAGCGUCCUGCUCACCGCCCUGCUGAGCCUGCAGCGCUGCCUGGCCGUCACCCGUCCCUUCCUGGCUCCCACUCUGCGCAGCCCGGCGUUGGCCCGACGAUUGCUGCUCGGCGUCUGGGCAGCCGCUCUGCUCCUGGCGCUGCCCGCAGCCACCUACAGACACCUGUGGGGGGGGCGCGUGUGCCAGCUGUGCCACCCUUCUCCUGCUGCGGCCGCCGCCCACCUGGCCUUGGAGACCCUGACGGCUUUCGUGCUGCCCUUCGGCUUGGUGCUGGGCUGCUACGGAGUGACUCUGGCCCGGCUGCGGAGCGGGCGCUGGGGGGCCGGGCGCCAGGGCGUGCGCGCAGGCCGUCUCGUGAGUGCCAUCGUGCUGGCUUUCGGCUUGCUCUGGGCCCCCUACCACGCUGUCAACUUGCUGCAGGCAGUGGCCGCCUUGGCCCCUUCCGAUGGGUCUCUGGCGAGACUCGGGGGCGCAGGCCAGGCGGCCCGGGCCGGGACCACGGCUUUGGCUUUCUUCAGCUCCAGCGUCAACCCCAUUCUCUACGUCUUUGCUGCCGGGGACCUUUUGCCCCGGGCUGGACCUCGAUUCCUCACCCGAAUCUUCGAAGGCUCGGGGGAGGCACGAGGGGAAGGUCGUUCCCGUGAAGGAACGAUGGAGCUGCGAGCCACCAGGCGCUUGGGAGGAGCAGGGCAGGAUCAAGGGAAUGGGGACCCCGGCGGUGGAGUCCAAGGGAUAGGCUCAGAUUGCAAAGGCUGAAGUUGCAUGCUUCCUUUCCCUCUAUUUCUCCAACACUUCUUUCCCUAUCAGCUCCCUAUCUAUGUUUGACCCCAGAAUCCAGGGGUACUACCCCUCCUCCCUCCCCCCACACUCCUGCCCGACUCCUUACUGGCCCAGAGACUUGUGACAAGAAGUUUACUGUGCAGCCCUAAGGCGGGAGUCACUCCAGGCCCACAGAACUCAGGGAGCAGGAUUUAUUGUGUUUGGCUUAUUUUUAUGUAUGUGCCCAGCUACGCCGAUCAAUAGUGCCAGAGGAAUCAGAUUGUAAAUACAGUGGAUCCAUUUACACAUUA